CCCGGAAGCAGGUUGAAGGCCGUUGUGGUCACUGUUGUCUCCCUGGCUCGGUCCGCCCAGGAGUGAAGGGGUUUUGUUGUCGCCAUGGGCGACCCUGACCCCCGCUACCCUUGCUCCUCAAUCGAGGAUGACUUCAACUAUGGCAGCUGCGUGGCCUCCGCCAGCGUGCACAUCCGAAUGGCUUUCCUCAGAAAAGUCUACACCAUACUUUCUCUGCAAGUUCUCUUAACUACGGUGACCUCUACAGUGUUCUUAUCUUUUGAGUCUAUACGGACAUUUGUACAUGAAAGUCCUGCCUUGAUUUUGGUGUUUGCCCUUGGAUCUCUGGGUUUGAUUUUUGCAUUGACCUUAAACAGACAUAAACAUCCUCUUAACCUGUACCUGCUUUUUGGAUUUACACUGUUGGAAGCUCUGACUGUGGCAGUUGUGGUUACUUUCUACGAUGUAUAUAUAAUUCUGCAAGCUUUUGUACUGACUACUACAGUAUUUCUCGGUUUAACCAUAUAUACUCUACAAUCUAAGAGAGAUUUCAGCAAAUUUGGAGCAGGGCUUUUUGCUGUUUUGUGGAUUUUAUGCUUGGCAGGAUUCUUGAAGAUUUUUUUUUAUAGUGAGACAGUGGAGUUGGUCUUGGCUGCUGUAGGAGCCCUUCUUUUCUGUGGAUUCAUCAUCUAUGACACACACUCACUGAUGCAUAAACUGUCACCUGAAGAGUAUGUAUUAGCUGCCAUCAGCCUCUACAUGGAUAUUAUUAAUCUAUUCCUGCACCUGUUACGGUUUUUGGAAGCAGUUAAUAAAAAGUAAUUGAAAGCCGUAUACAGAACUGUUUAUUAAGUAAUAAAGGUUGAGACGUAAUUAAAUAUCAA